GUGUAGGCCUAGUGACAGUGGAAAAAAUGCACACAAUGGCAUGUCGGGGUAGUGUAUUACAAAGUAAAAUAUGUAUAUCCUAAAGCAAUACGUGUGUAUAUUUUCAUGUACAAUUGAAUUCAUCCAUGAAAUAAAUAAUGCUAACACAUAAAAUUAUGUUUUUAUUAGCCUACUUGACACAGUAAAUAAUAAUGUGCCUUCAACUCGUUAACAACAAAAAGUAAUUAUUUUCAAAUAAACCAAAUUUGCUAUAUCAACACAGUAGGCCAAAAUAUAUCCUUUAAAAAAAUUAUAUAUAUAUUUUUUACCACAAUUUCGUGGUAUCCAAUUGGUAGUAGUUACUGUAUUGUCUCAUUGCUGCAACUCCCGUAUGGACUCAGGAGAGGCGAAGGUCGAGAGCCAUGCAUCCUCAGAAACACAACCCAACCAAGCCGCACUGCUUCUUGACAUAAAGCCCAUCCAACCCGGAAACCAGCCGUACCAAUGUGUCGGAGGAAACACCGUACACCUGGCGACCUGGUCAUCGGGCACUGCGCCCGGCCCGCCACAGCGGUCACUAGUGCGCGAUGAGACACGGAUAUUCCUGCCGGCCAAACCCUCACUAACCCGGACGACGCAAUUGUGCACCGCCCCAUGGACCUCCCGGUCACGGCCGGGAGUUGUUGAUUGCAGGAGAGACAUCCCAAGGGGACGGAAAGUUGGAGCUGAAACAAGCCAGCAAAGAAGUAAAGGAGAGCGAGAACGUGGCGGAAAAAUACUCAGCCAUGACAGUGAGCAAGAACAGCGAAAUUGUCAUAGGUGAACUGUCAGUGUCGUCCGCUGCGUUUAGUGCGGUCCCUACUCACAAAACUGUCAAAAAGCAAAUCCAGUUUGUGGAAGACAAGCAAGAGUUCAGCAGGUUUCCUACCAAGGCAGGACGACGCUCCCUGUCUCGAUCGAUCUCUCAGUCAUCCACCGACAGCUACAGUUCAGCUGCGUCCUACACGGACAGCUCUGACGAUGAAACUUCACCACGGGACAAAAUACAGGUCAAUUCCAAGGGCAGCAACGACUUCUGUGUGAAGAACAUCAAACAUGCCGAAUUUGGUCGCCGCGAGAUUGAGAUUGCAGAACAAGAUAUGUCAGCAUUAAUCUCGCUCAGGAAGAGAGCCCAGGGAGAGAAGCCACUUGCUGGGGCUAAAAUCGUUGGCUGCACUCACAUCACUGCCCAGACUGCAGUGUUGAUUGAGACUCUGGUGGCACUGGGGGCCCAGUGUCGCUGGACAGCCUGUAACAUCUACUCCACACAGAACGAGGUGGCAGCUGCCCUCUCAGAGAUCGGUGUGGCUGUUUUUGCCUGGAAGGGGGAAUCGGAGGAUGACUUCUGGUGGUGUAUCAACAAGUGCAUCAACAUGGAGGGGUGGCAGCCUAACAUGAUCCUUGAUGACGGAGGGGACUUGACUCACUGGGUGUAUAAGAAAUACCCCAACGGCUUCAAGAAGAUCAGGGGCAUUGUGGAGGAGAGUGUGACUGGGGUCCACAGGUUGUACCAGCUGUCCAAAGCAGGCAAGCUGUGUGUGCCAGCCAUGAAUGUAAAUGACUCUGUGACAAAGCAGAAGUUUGACAACCUCUACUGCUGCAGAGAGUCUAUCUUGGAUGGCCUGAAGAGGACCACAGACGUGAUGUUUGGAGGAAAGCAGGUGGUUGUCUGUGGUUAUGGCGAGGUUGGGAAAGGUUGCACUGCCGCACUGAAAGCCAUGGGAUCCAUCGUCUACGUCACAGAGAUUGAUCCCAUUUGCUCCCUGCAGGCCUGCAUGGAUGGCUUCAGGGUGGUCAAGCUUAAUGAGGUCAUCCGCCAGGUGGACAGCAUCAUCACAUGCACUGGGAAUAAGAACGUGGUGACCAGGGACCAGCUGGACCGUAUGAAGAACGGCUCCAUCGUGUGCAACAUGGGACACUCCAACACUGAGAUUGACGUGGCGAGCCUGCGGACCCCAGAGCUGACCUGGGAGAGAGUGCGCUCUCAGGUGGACCAUGUCAUCUGGCCUGAUGGCAAGAGGGUCAUCCUGCUGGCCGAGGGUCGUCUUCUGAACCUCAGCUGCUCCACAGUUCCUACCUUCGUCCUGUCAAUCACUGCCACGACCCAGGCUCUGGCUCUUAUUGAGCUGUACAAUGCUCCAGAGGGCCGCUACAAACAGGAUGUCUACUUGCUUCCCAAGAAGAUGGAUGAGUAUGUUGCCAGCCUGCACCUGCCCACCUUUGAUGCCCACCUAACGGAGCUCUCAGAUGAGCAGGCCAAGUACCUGGGCCUCAACAAGAAUGGCCCAUUCAAACCCAACUACUACAGGUAUUAGCUUGCAUGAAUGGACCACAACUCUGCACUCCUUGACUUGGGCAUGGCCUGGAUAAGAUAAUGAAAUAUAUAUAUAUAUAUAUAUAUUAAGCUCCUAUUCCUUCAUCUUCUACAGUAGGUGUUACCCUGUUUCACUUGCUGUUUUGUGUGUUUAGUUUCACCAUUAGUUCUGUAAAUACACACUCUAACAAACCAACAUACACAACAUCAAUGACCAAUUGAAAGUACAGCACCUAAACUCAGCUGUCUGCUUGAGAUAUUUAUAUACACGUCUGAUUUCAUUCCCACUCUCCAGUAGAAUAGACAUUUUUCUGAUGUGUUAUUUGUAGUUUGAUAGAUCUUUAUUAUUGUGCCAAUUGAUUGUGUAGGGAAGGGGAUUGUUGUAAUUGAGAUUUAUAUUUUCUGUCUGCAUUGAUGUCGCUCUUCUCAAAUAAUUACAUUCCAGCCAAGGGAACAGGGAGAAAUGGCCUCCACACUAGAAAGACUCAACCUCAAUGUCCCAUUUAAAGGCAUUGUCACAUUUCCUGCUGGACCAUGUAUAGAUGUUUUCUACCAGCUUGUCAUUUUACUGAUCUCUAUCUCUCUUCCUCUGAAACAGAACUGAGGUUUUAUUGAAAAUAUGAGUACCUGUACUGACUGUACUGUAUUGGGGCAGCAGGUAGCCUAGUGGUUAGAGCAUUUGGGCCAGUAACCGAACGUUUGAUAGAUUGAAUCCCCGAGCUGACAAGGUAAAAAUCUGUCGUUCUGCCCCUGAACAAGGCAGUUAACCCACUGUUCCUAAGCCGUCAUUGUAAAUAUGAACUUGUUCUUAACUGGCUUGCCUAGUUAAAUAAAGGUUCAUUUAAAAAAAACAUUUUUUUAAAUAGACUAAAGGGCAGACAUACAGUAUAUGAUUUUCUUUGAAUAGUACAUGUGUGCAUGUACAGUACAGAAAUGCAAUUAUCUUCACUAACAAAAUGUAUAAGUGUAAGAUACAGAAAGGUAUGUGCAACCAGAAGAGUGACAAUCCAAUCUGGCACUGGUUUUGAUUGAGUCUCACAUGGUAAUAUGGUAAUAACACUGGAAUGUUUUGCAUUGUAGGAGUCUUAUCAGACUUACAAGGACAAUAGUGCAUUGCUAUUUCUCCAUUCCUGGUCUAAACCAUGUGGAAUUAAGUUUAUUGACGUGAUUUUUUAAAAAUACAGUAGUUGGCUGAUUUUAGUAUCCCUGUUUGUGUGACGUGAAUCUGUUUUUCACUUAACGUUCCUGAUCACCAUGUUGUCCUUCUGUCUGUUCUCUGCAUCCAUACUUCCCUGUAUUCAUGUCACCAUCACACUGAAAGGUCUACUCCAUAAGGAGAGUGGUUAUUCAGUUGAGUAAUGUUGUGUUUUAGUUCCACCUGCUGAUGAAUAUUACGCUGGUUAAAUCAUCUGUAUGUAUUACCGGUGCAUUUAAAAUGACAUGCACUGUCACUCUGGUCUGGUAACAUGGGACACUGAGUCGGUUGAAUACAGACCACAUUUGUGUGUACAAUUUUCAGUGUUUUCUGUCCUUCCAUUUUAGCUGUGUGAAACAACAGAUACUGUUUAAUUUGUAUAUAUAUUAGCAGAUGCAACUGUGAGAUAAAGCGCUUUCUUCUUUGCACUACUUAAAGCUGUUGAGCAUUACAACCAAGGACAUAUGCGUGAGAAGGACAUUGUUGGAGGGGUAUUGGCAUCGUAACUUUGGUUACUGGUCAAGUGACAGUGCCUUGUGACCCAUCUGAUACUGCACAUUCAUCAGUUGUAGGAUUAUGUCUGUCCACUCUAUUCCUCUUUGAAAGCUGUCCAACAGUGUUCUGAUUCUGCAGUAUAAUCACUAUGCACCAAGAUGUGCAUCACUGUAGUGGUCUCAUAAAUAUUUGUACUUAUUGGGGGUACCCGAACUGCUUAAUGUGUCAGCAUUUAGUUACUUCCAUUGUAAGAGAACAUAGUAGUUUGAAUUGACCUGUUUUGGACUAAGUAACAGUAAAUCUUUAUUUCUUCCCUUGGAUAUUGUCUGUAUAGCACUACCAAAAGCAUGCCAUGAAGUAAAACCAGAAUGCCUUUACAUGCACUGUGUUGUUUACAAGGCCUCUGAAUUCAAAUUCUGUUUUAGUUCAUUGAAUCUCCCAUACUUUAGAUUUGUUUAUACUGUCAGAACCAUAACGACUAGCAGGAUGACGUAAUAACUGACAAAUAUAGUCAGUUUAUGAAACCCUGUCUAGCAGUUAAGUGUUAUCUGACCAGCUCACAAGUCCAGGGUCAUUUGGAUGUUGUAUGCAACAGUGUUCUGCAAUUUGGGCUAAUUGAGUGACUGUCGGUGACUGACAUAACAACAGAAACUGAUGCACACUACCAAAUUUUGAAAUUGCACCUUGUGUAUUCUACUAUUCCAACUAUCAAAAAUAAGUUGAGACUGAGUUCCUAAAAUUUAUUUAUUUAUUUUUGGGGUGAAAUUGAUCCGCAGGCCUACAAAAGGGGGGUUUUGGGGCGCCAGUGCACAUCCCUGAUGUAAAGCAAGGAGCACUGGGAUGUACAUGAUGCGAGAAUCGUUUAUGUAUCUCUGGUUGUGACAAAACUUCCUUUUUUAUUUGAGCUUUGCAAAUUAAAUUAUAUUGUUAAAUUAUACAGUACUAUGUAUUAUUUUUCUGUGUAUUAUCUGAGUGGUUGAUGUAUAGUCUGGCUGAGUCAACUCAAGUUGUUUUACUUAUGCUGCUAUUUAUUUUUCUGCUUUCUGUUGGUUGAUGUGUACCGAUCCCUUUAAUAAACUUUUCGGUGUUUGAAUUAAAACCUGCUAGUGCA